AUGUCCGUGGUGGCCCCAAGCCCAUUACCUUUGGUCCAGCUCCCUGGACAUCGGAUACCGCCAUAUAAUAAUCUCAUUAGCUCCUACUCAGCUCAAAGACUUGCUCUUUUAGGGCGUGCCCGCCUCCAACUGGCGCCACCAGUUCAACAGCCAACCCAUACAUCCCAUCCAACAAAUAAUGCUGCUCAAUUGUCAACUUCAUUUAAUCCAAUAUCUAAACCCAUUGAUGCGUCGUCGAUUACGUCGAAGCCGGCUCAGCCAGAGCUGAGUAGCGUCGCACGACGCAAGCAGCAACUCGCUAAGAGUUCGGUGCCCACAUACGCUUUCGGAGAUGCUAACGACAACAAUCAAGCCUCCCCAAACAUCGCGAUCGAUUCACAUGAAUCAGAAUCGACUACACACUCUAUUUCAUCCUCUCAUCAACCCACCCCAGCCCGUAUUGGCGUCGUUGAUAUACGUUUUCUCACCCGCCAGCCUCCCACUGUGCAAAAAUCACCGUUGCAGGCACCUAAAUCUGUCUCAAAAGAAUCGUCUGUCGGGUCUCCAAAUAGUCCUUCUGCCCCGCUAUCUGCAGCUGCACCGAAGAAUCAGCGUCCAAAGACUACGACAAGGGUGGUGUCGGCCGCCGGGAGCGGCAAACCUUCCCGAUCUCGACCCAAAACCACUGCCACCGUAGACCCGGACACCAGCGGAAGCACAGAAGCUGACAAAGCCAAGUCCAAACCUGGGAAACAUGCAUUCCUAUUUCUACCAGCAUCUUCUGCCUCUUGCGCAGCGGCGGACAAUGCGAUAGCCGCCGUAGCGGCUCCUCGCCUAGGCCUUUUUGAGGGUGGCGUAGGGGGAACCUCUUCUUUCCCUGUGAUCUGCUUGUCUUCCUCAUCCAAAUCUGCUCUUUUACGUUUAUUUGCAGAAUUGAUUUGA